CAAGGAUCUAUUUUCCAUUUUUUUUAACUCCUAUAGCCUCUCUUUGUUCUUCUUGCACCCACUUCCAUUCUCCUAGGCCCCGGCCAAUUCCUUUCUCUGUUUUUGUUUUUUUCACAUUUCAGAAGCCCUUUUUCAUUGGAGGCAAAAUGGCCAAUGCAGCUUCUGGAAUGGCUGUGCACGAUGACUGCAAGCUGAGGUUCUUGGAGCUAAAGGCAAAGAGGAGCUAUCGUUUCAUUUUGUUCAAGAUUGAGCAACAGCAAAUUGUGGUUGAUACGCUCGGGGAACCCAAUGCAAGUUACGACGAUUUCACCUCCAGUUUUCCUGCUGAUGAGUGUCGUUAUGCUGUCUAUGAUUUCGAUUUCACUACCGAAGAGAACUGCCAGAAAAGCAAGAUUUUCUUCAUCGCAUGGUCACCGGAUACAUCAAAGGUGAGGAUGAAGAUGGUGUAUGCAAGUUCCAAGGACAGAUUCAAAAGAGAAUUGGACGGCAUUUCAUUUGAAUUGCAAGCAACAGAUCCAAGUGAGAUGAGCUUGGACAUAGUGAAAGGGCGAGCCUGCUAAGUGCAGCCACCCUUUUGCUCCUUAGUUCCAAUCUUUAUCAUUCUUUCCCUCACUGUUUUCUUUGGGGGCCAACCUUCUUAUAGCCGUUAUUAUAACUUGGUUUUUUAAUUUUAUAAAUUCCAAAUUAGCCAAGUGAAUGUGUGAAUGUAACUAUGACUAUGUGUACUCUUCAAUCUGUAACCUCAAAUCCUUUUUUUGAAAAAUUUAUGCAUUUUUGGAAUUAAACCAUAGGAUUCAGCUCUCAAACCAAAUUGGCUGCCAAAAGAGCUAGCAUUUCAUGCUAGUGUGUUGGUGCUGUUUUUGGAAAUUGGUUGAAUUAUGUUAAUUUGCCUGCUUCCUUCAAUGCUUCAGAAGAUUAUUAUGUGUGGCAUAGCGAUCUGUAUUUUAUCCCAA